AUGUCUGACGAAGAAAACUUUUAUUAAGGAGAAGCUGGUUCUUCUUUUACUUAUCCUAUGCAAGCUGGUAAUAUUAAGAAAAAUGGUUAUGCAAUGCUAAGAGGUUUCCCUUGUAAAGUUACUGAAAUGACAACAUGCUAGGCUGGUAAACAUGGUCAUGCAAAGGCUACGAUUAUAGGAGUUGAUAUUUUCACUGGCAGAAAGUAUGAAGAUUAUUGCCCUACUUCCCACAAUAUGGAGAUCCCUUUUGUUAAGAAGCAAGAAUAUUAGCUUAUGAAUAUAGAUGAUGACAAUUAUCUCACUCUCUUGCUUGAAAACGGAGAAACUAAAGAGGAUCUUAAACUUCCUGACGAUUAGCUACAAAUUGUGGAAAAACUGAGAAGUGAUUUCGAAAGCUAAAAAGAUAUUCUUAUCUCUACUAUUUAAGCUAUGGGAUAAGAAAAGAUCAUUUCAUACAGAGAAAUAGUUAAUUGA